CAGUCUCAGUCUUUGUUUUCAAUCCUCCUUAACCACAAAAUGCUGCAGGCGUCGACAGCGCUUGUUCGUGCUGCUGUUCCAUGGAAGCAGACCGCGCUGCUUCUAUCAUCAACCUCAGUAGCAGCAUCAGGAGCAGCAGCAUCAGGAGCAGCAUCAGCAAUAGCAGUGCGAUCGUGCCCAAUGGCGAGAUCUCACUCUUCACUGACUGCUCGUCGCUCUGCUGCCAUCACUGCGACCGCUGCUUCUGCUGCUGCUACUGCUGCUACUGCUACAUCUGCUACUGUCAGCACAGCCACAGUGGCAUCGUCGCCGUCGUUGUCGUCGUCGUCGUCGUCCAGCCGCAUGUUUGGCUCGCUCGCCACGCUCCGUCCGCGUGCUGCUGCCCCUGCCGCUGGCUCUGCUGCGUCGCUCGCCUCGGCCAGCUCCCAGCGGUAUACACGCCGCAAUGCUCUCGCACGGGCAGUCGAGCGCGACCCAAGUCCCGCCAAUGCCAGCGCCAAUGCCAGUGCCAGUCUCACUCAGCCACCGCAGUCCUCACAGCAAGCCACAAGGAGCGCUGAUGCAUCCCCAUCUGCCGCGUCAUCUGACUCGGAGGCCGCCUUCCAGUCAGAGGGGUAUGAUCAAGCAGAGGACGAGCUCGAGGAAGUGUACAAGGUGGACGAGACCGACCUUUGGGACGAGCUCGACGAGGAAGUCCAGGCCGAGCUGCUGUUCAAGUUCCAAACCUCGAUCGACGAACUCACGCCUGCUGAGCGUAUUGUGCUGCUCCGUCGGUUUGGCCCAUCCCUUUGGGACGAAGGCGACGACAGGCAAGUCUACCAGCCGCACACUUGGACGCACAUUGCUGCGACCGAGCGUCGUCCCGCCCAAAUCGGCCUGCCAGGCGUCCUUCCCGUCAACCCCAACGGUGCAACUGGUUUCUACACGGAAGACAAGUCCUUCAAGGAAGCUGUGCGCAAGUCCACCUUCACCAAGCGCAUUCCAUUGCCUCGCGGCGACAUGACGGUCGAGCUCUUUUUGACUCGCAUCGGAAACGAGGCUGUGUCUCACCUCGCCAAAUUCCCGUCGUGGUUUGCCCUGAUGGGCUACUCGUCCCGCCAAAUGAACGCUCUGGGCAUCCCAAUCGCAACCCGGCGAUACAUUUGCGAGUGGCGCGAUCGAUACAGUCGAGGGGUCGAGCCGUACGUGAUCAAGCGCACACCCUGGAAGAAGCUCAAGGAUCGCAAGGCGCAACGCAUCGAGCGCCGUGCCAACGCUCGUCGUGUUGCUCAAGGUCUUGCACCAAACAAGCCCAAGGCGGCUGCAGCCAAGAAGUAACCACCUACAAGUAAAACAACAACAACAACAACAACAACAACAACAACAACAAAA